AUGGGUGUCGUUUCGUUUGGCGUCAAGUGUGCGAGGCCCGGGUUUCCGACCGUCUACACAAGAGUGUCUGCCUUCCGCAGAUGGCUGAAGAACACUGGUGCCGUAUUUUUCACAUCCGCCGGUGUAGAGGGAAACACCAACUGCCAGGCGGGCCAAUUCCUUUUCACAUUCAGGGAGGGGAUCAAAUUUUGUAAGAACUGCCCUCCAAAUCAAUUCAGUGCAGGGGGUUCGGUGACCAAGUGUGAAAACUGCCCGGCGGGGUUUCUUAGAAAUAGAGCGGACGGUCGGACAUGCAAUUGCUCGACGGCCGGAAAAGGGCAAAUCGGAGGUAUGUGCAAGCGCUGUCCGCCCGGCCAAUUUUCACCGGCCGGUGAUAGCACAUGCAAGCAGUGCCCGCCGGGGACUUUUGCUUCUAGUCCUGGAUCAAAAGAGUGUAAGCAGUGUCCCAAGACUUUCUUCGCUCCCACUGCUGGUUCGGCGGACUGCAAGAUAUGUACAUCAGGAAAGACAGUGACAGCAAAAGGGACAAAGUGUGUAUAA